AUGAUGCGACACGUAUCUAUUCGAGUAAAGUGUAUGCUUGUUGGCUUUUAUGCAAGGGAUGGGCUGGAUUUAAUUUAUUCUUAUUGGCUGCUUUGCAUUACCAAGUGUAAUAAGUGGAGAGAAUCCCCUGAGAACUUAAAUAUGAGCGCAUAUUCCAUCUGCAAGAAAAAAAUACUGGGUCUGAAGUACUGGGCCAUGGGAUAUUCUAAAAGUGAAAAAUUCAUUAGACACACCCUAUCUAACUAUGAGACAGACGCACUGAAAGAAGUAGGCCUUCUUAUUUCUGCUGCAUUCAUGGAUUCAAUAAUACUAAACCAGGCCUUAAAGAUAGCACUCCAGCGGCUAGAUGCAUCUGACAGUGCCCUAUUCCCAAAGCAUGUGCAGUAUUACAAAGCUCUUCUGUUUAUUCAGAAAGUAUGCAUGGUAAGCAGUGUAGCAGAAAGUGAAGUGAAAAAACACCAUGUUAAAAUACUAUCCUUUGCUUUUUAUAGAAAAGACUGCUGUAGUCUGGAUAUAAGCAUUAGAAUAUCUUCUACUGCUAUUCUUAAGCAAAUAAAUAAAAGCAACACACCAAAGUCUCACACGCACACAACCUUUAUAACUUGCCUGUCACACAGUUAUAUAAACGAUGUACUAGGGGAAGUAUAA